AUGGCUCAUAUGGUUAGAGCAGAAGAGACAGAGUUACCGAGAAUGGAGCUUGCAGAGAUUGGAAAAAGCAUGGGACCAUCAUUCCGGCGUCACAGGAGCAGCUCUUCAAGAAAUGAGUCAGAGGAUGAGGCAGAGUAUGCUCUUCAAUGGGGUGAGAUCCAAAGAUUACCCACUUUUAAACGGCUAAGAUCGUCUCUGGUCGACGAAGAAGGCGAGAAAGAUGUUGAGGAGAAAGGGAAAAAAGUCGUGGAUGUCACCAAGCUUGGAGCUAUGGAACGUCACCUGAUGAUUGAGAAGUUGAUCAAACACAUUGAGAAUGAUAAUCUUAAGCUGCUCAAGAAAAUCAGAAGAAGAAUGGACAGGGUUGGUGUGGAGUUUCCAAGCAUAGAGGUGAGGUAUGAGCAUUUAGGUGUGGAAGCAGAGUGCGAGGUCGUUGAAGGGAAGGCACUUCCAACUCUAUGGAACUCCUUGAAGCGCGUUUUCUUGGAAUUGGUGAAGCUAGGUGGUGUAAGAACACGCGAAGCCAAGAUAAACAUACUUAACGAUGUUAGCGGCAUGAUUAAGCCGGGAAGGUUAACACUGUUGCUUGGUCCUCCUGGAUGUGGAAAAACUACUCUGCUUAAGGCUUUGUCUGGAAAUUUGGACAAAAAUCUAAAGUGUUCUGGUGAAAUCUCCUACAAUGGACAUGGAAUGGACGAGUUUGUUCCUCAGAAAACAUCGGCGUUUAUAAGUCAACACGAUCUGCACAUUGCAGAGAUGACAGUGAGGGAGACAAUUGACUUCUCAGCUCGUUGUCAAGGCGUUGGUAGCCGAACAGAUAUUAUGAUGGAGGUCAGUAAAAGAGAAAAGGAUGGUGGAAUCAUUCCCGACUCCGAAGUAGAUGCUUACAUGAAGGCGAUAUCGGUCAAAGGACUUAAAAGAAGUCUGCAAACAGAUUACAUCUUGAAGAUCCUCGGGCUUGACAUUUGUGCGGAAACUUUGAUUGGUAAUGCGAUGAGAAGAGGCAUAUCCGGGGGUCAAAAGAAACGGCUUACCACAGCCGAGAUGAUCGUUGGUCCAACAAAAGCUCUGUUCAUGGAUGAAAUAACAAACGGCUUAGACAGUUCCACGGCGUUUCAAAUUGUCAAGUCUCUUCAGCAGCUGGCUCACAUUACCAACGCAACAGUGUUAGUUUCCCUUCUCCAACCUGCUCCAGAAUCAUAUGACCUCUUCGACGAUAUUGUCCUGCUGGCCGAAGGGAAAAUUGUGUAUCACGGUCCACGCGACGAGGUCUUGAAAUUCUUCAAGGAAUGUGGAUUUCGAUGCCCAGAAAGGAAAGGUGUUGCAGACUUUCUCCAGGAGGUUAUAUCUAGAAAGGACCAAGGACAGUAUUGGCUGCACCAGGACUUACCCCAUAGCUUUGUGUCAGUAGAAAUGUUUUCGAAAAGAUUCAAGGACUUAGAGAUUGGGAGAAAGAUUGAGGAAGCCCUCACUAAGCCAUAUGAUAGAUCAAACUCCAACAACGAUGCUCUUUCUUUCAAAGAGUAUUCUCUUCCACACUGGGAGCUAUUCAAAGCAUGCAUCUCAAGAGAGUUUCUUCUCAUGGAGAGAAACUCUUUCAUUUACCUCUUCAAGACGUUUCAGCUGGUUCUAUCCGCAAUGUUCACCAUGACUGUGUUUAUCCGAACGCGGAUGGGCAUAGAUAUCAUUCAUGGAAAUUCUUACAUGAGUUGCCUCUUUUUUGCAAUCAUUACAAUUAUGGUUAAUGGUUUUCCAGAGCUGUCAAUGACUGUUCAACGCCUUGCUGUAUUCUACAAGCAGAAGCAACUAUCUUUCUAUCCAGCUUGGGCAUAUGCAAUCCCUGCAACAGUGUUAAAGAUUCCUCUUUCGUUCUUUGAAUCUCUUGUUUGGACCAGCCUCACUUACUAUGUCAUCGGAUUCACUCCUGAAGCCUACCGGUUCUUCCGGCAAUUCAUUCUGCUCUUUGCUGUUCACUUCACAUCGAUAUCCAUGUUCCGGUGUAUAGCUGCAAUCUUUCAGACAGGAGCUGCUUCAAUGGCAGCUGGUGGUUUUUCCAUAAUAGUCACUUUUGUAUUUGCCGGUUUCGCCAUCCCAUAUCCCGAAAUGCCAGGGUGGCUGAAGUGGGGUUUCUGGAUAAAUCCUAUAAGUUACGCCGAGAUUGGGCUCUCUGUAAACGAGUUUCUUGCUCCGCGGUGGCAACAAAUGCAACCGACGAAUAUCACCUUGGGUCAAACCAUACUCGAAAGCCGAGGACUGAACUACGAUGAUUACAUGUACUGGGUCUCAUUAUCUGCCUUAUUGAGUAUAUCUGUUAUCUUCAACAUCAUUUUCACUCUAGCUCUCAGUUUCUUUAAAUCUCCCACAUCAUCUCCUUCCAUGAUCUCUCAAGACAAGCUCUCUGAGCUUCAAGGAACAAAAUCAGAUUCAUCACUCAAGCAGAACAAGUCAAUAGCAAAGCCGAACGAGGAGGAUUCAGGGAAUAUGAUCUUACCUUUUAAGCCACUCACCAUAACAUUUCAAGACUUGAAUUAUUCCGUCGACGUCCCUGCGGAGAUGAGAGGUCAAGGAUACACUGAGAAGAAGUUGCAGCUUCUCUCAGACAUCACCGGAGCUUUCAGGCCAGGCGUUUUAACGGCGUUGAUGGGAAUCAGCGGUGCCGGAAAAACAACUCUACUCGACGUUCUCGCCGGAAGAAAAACAAGCGGAUACAUCGAAGGAGACAUCAGAAUCAGUGGAUUCCCUAAAAUCCAAAAAACAUUCGCAAGAGUCUCAGGUUACUGUGAACAAACAGAUAUACACUCACCGAACAUCACCGUCGAAGAAUCCCUAAUUUACUCCGCUUGGCUUCGUCUAGUUCCAGAAAUCAAUCCCAAAACCAAAAUCAGAUUCGUGAAGCAAGUUCUGGAAACGAUCGAAUUAGAGGAGAUCAAAGACGCGAUGGUGGGAAUCGCCGGAGUUAGCGGAUUAUCGACGGAGCAGAGGAAACGAUUGACUGUAGCGGUGGAGUUAGUAGCGAAUCCGUCGAUUAUCUUCAUGGAUGAACCAACGACUGGUCUAGACGCAAGAGCAGCCGCCAUUGUUAUGAGAGCUGUGAAGAACGUUGCAGAGACUGGACGAACCAUUGUUUGCACUAUUCAUCAACCUAGCAUCGACAUUUUCGAAUCCUUCGACGAGUUGGUACUUCUAAAGAGAGGAGGUCGCAUGAUUUACACUGGACCACUUGGACUACAUUCUUCCCAUGUCAUUGAGUAUUUUCAGAAUAUUCCUGGAGUUGCUAAGAUUAGAGACAAUUACAAUCCAGCAACAUGGAUGUUAGAGAUUACUUCACAGUCUGUAGAGAUUGAACUCGAUAUGGAUUUCGCAAAAAUCUACAACGAAUCGAAUCUUUACAAGAGUAACUCCGAGCUUGUUAAAGAGCUGAGUAAACCGGAACUCGGGUCGAGCGAUUUGCGUUUCGAGAGAACUUUUGCACAGAACUGGUGGGGACAGUUCAAAUCUUGUUUAUGGAAGAUGAGUUUGGCUUACUGGAGAAGUCCUACUUACAACUUGAUGCGAAUCUUUCACACUUUAAUCUCUUCUUUGCUCUUUGGUGUACUCUUCUGGAAACAAGGCCAAAAGAUAGAUACUCAACAGAAUUUGUUCACGGUUCUUGGGGCGCUUUACGGUCUUGUUCUCUUCUUGGGGAUAAACAACUGCACUUCAGCUUUGCAGUAUAUUGAGACAGAGCGUAAUGUUAUGUACCGCGAAAGAUUUGCAGGAAUGUACUCUGCGUUUGCCUAUGCGUUAGCUCAAGUUGUGACAGAGAUUCCUUACACAUUCAUCCAAAGUGUAGAGUUUGUGAUCAUAAUAUAUCCGAUGAUGGGUUUCUACGUGUCUGCCUCUAAAGUCCUUUGGAGUCUCUACGCAAUGUUCUGCACCUUACUCUACUACAUCUACCUCUCAAUGUUCCUCAUCUCCGUCACGCCAAACUACAUGGUGGCAGCUAUUCUCCAGUCGCUUUUCUUCCUUACUUUCAACCUUUUCGCCGGAUUCUUGAUCCCAGUAACCCAAAUUCCAAUGUGGUGGGUCUGGUUUUACUAUCUAACCCCGACCUCUUGGUCGCUCAACCUGUUCUUCUCGUCUCAAUACGGCGAUAUUCACGAAAAGAUCAAUGCAUUUGGAGAAUCCACGACGGUUGCGAGAUUCUUAGAGGACUAUUUCGGAUUCCAUCAUGAUCGUUUGAUGAUUACAGCCAUUGUUAUCAUUGCCUUUCCAAUUGCAUUCGCUAGUAUGUUUGCUUUCUUUGUUGCCAAACUCAACUUUCAAAAGCGGUAA